CUGUUUUUUAAUACUGUUAGUCACUGUAGCAUAGUACUGUCUUUGUCCGAUCAUCUGAUCUAACCUAACUUAAUAGCUUUAUGUCACAUAUCAAUUAACGUUUAAUCAAAUUGUAUUAAUAAAAUAAUUCGUAGGUAUAAAUUUCAAUUAUUCGUAAUGAAUUUACCUGGAGUAUUGAUCGUUAGCACGAAAGAAGGAAAAGCUAAGGAAAUCGCGGAAAAUAUAGGUGCAGAACGAUUAUCCGAGAAAGAUGAUACUGUCGAUUAUCUAUGGAAUAUUGACAAUAAAUAUUAUACAUCACAGAUAUUAAUACACACCACAGAAAAUAUAUCUUAUAAACUCUCAGUGGAAGGAAUCAACGCAUUAAUCGUGUACCAUGAUCCACAGACAAACAGUGUGGAUCAAGAACUAGAGCUUUUGGCAUCCUUAACUAAUUCGUUAACAACAGCAGAAGUAUUCUUAUUUUCCUGUAGUGCAAUAACUGAUACACUUCUGCGAGAUAAAGUGCUAAAUUGGUGUUUACACAACAAGUUUGAAUUGGUUGAAUUAGAUCAAACAGGAGAUUCAGAAUCUGAUACAGAGGGUAAUAAAUAUGGCAUCGAAAGAAUCAUAGAAGCUUUACAUGCUCAUACAUGGCCUAAUAUUGUACUCAAAAAUAAACCAUGUGUAGAUGAAACACUCAAAGUAAAUGAAAUUAAAGAACAAUUUGAGAAUAUUCGAUUAACGAACGAUCCUGAAGGGUUACAUAAGCAGAACAUGCUUGAUAUCCUUAUGGGGGAUGAAAUGUUCGAUUUUGGAGAAUUAUUUGGUCAAUUUACGGCCAUGAGAGAACACGCAGCAUCUCUACCAACAAACGAAAGACGUAUAGUCGCUGAGCAAGUAGUUACUGACUUUUGGAAAGCUAUGUGCGGGGAUCUUCUGGAUAUCGAGGAUUAAAUUUAAAAUUCAUAUAUUGAUAUAUAUUGUU